AUGUGCGAGCCCGAUCAAAAUACCUCUAGAAGCGGCGUGAAUCCUCCGACGUCGAGGUCAGGGGAGCUUCUGAUGGAUGUAGACGACUUGGAUCUCGACGGUUCAUGGCCACUAGAUCAAAUCCCUUACUUAUCUUCAGCGAAUCGGAUGAUUUCUCCACUUUUUGUUUCUUCUUCCUCUGAACAACCUUGCUCGCCUCUUUGGGCUUUCUCCGACGGUGGUGGAACCGCUUUACACGCUAACGCCGGUAACGACGAUGAGAAGAUCAGCUCCGUUUCCGGUGUUUCUUCUUUCCGUCUCACCGAUUAUCCUCUCUUUCUCCCUUACUCUUCUCCAUCAAUGGCUGAGAACACAACAGAGAGACAUAAUAGUUUCCAGUUUCCUUCUCCGUUGAUGAGCCUAGUCCCGCCAGAGAACGCAGACAACUACUGUGUGAUUAAAGAGAGGAUGACUCAGGCGCUUCGGUAUUUCAAAGAAUCAACCGAACAACACGUUUUGGCUCAGGUCUGGACUCCUGUGAGAAAGAAUGGUCGUGAUUUGCUGACGACUUUGGGUCAACCUUUUGUUCUUAAUCCUAACGGUAAUGGGCUUAAUCAAUACAGGAUGAUCUCUCUCACAUAUAUGUUUUCUGUGGAUAGUGAAAGUGACAUAGAGCUCGGACUCCCGGGUCGAGUUUUCAGUCAGAAAUUGCCUGAAUGGACUCCAAAUGUUCAGUACUAUUCCAGCAAAGAAUUCUCGCGGCUUGACCACGCCUUGCACUAUAACGUGCGUGGUACACUCGCCUUGCCUGUCUUUAAUCGCUCUGGUCAGUCCUGCAUAGGUGUUGUGGAACUUAUAAUGACCUCAGAGAAGAUUCACUAUGCACCUGAAGUGGACAGAGUUUGCAAAGCCCUUCAGGCUGUAAAUCUGAAAAGCUCGGAAAUACUUGAUCACCAACCCACUCAGAUAUGCAAUGAGAGUCGCCAAAACGCGCUUGCUGAGAUUCUGGAAGUGCUGACAGUUGUAUGCGAGACCCAUAACUUGCCUCUGGCUCAGACUUGGGUUCCAUGCCAGCACGGGAGCGUUCUUGCCAAUGGUGGCGGUCUAAAGAAAAACUGCACCAGCAUUGACGGUAGCUGCAUGGGCCAAGUCUGCAUGUCCACAACCGAUAUGGCCUGCUAUGUCGUGGAUUUUCAUGUCUGGGGCUUUAGAGAUGCCUGCCUUGAACACCAUCUCCAGAAAGGACAGGGAGUCGCUGGACGGGCUUUUCUCAAUGGUGGCUCGUGCUUCUGCAGAGACAUCACAAAGUUCUGCAAAACGCAGUACCCACUGGUCCAUUAUGCGCUCAUGUUCAAGUUAACCACUUGUUUUGCAAUCUCUCUCCAGAGUUCUUACACGGGUGACGAUAGUUACAUUCUUGAAUUCUUUCUUCCUUCGAGUAUAACAGACCACCAAGAGCAAGAUUCACUGCUGGGUUCUCUUUUGGUGACAAUGAAAGAACAUUUUCAGAGUCUGAGGGUUGCAUCUGGGGUUGACUUUGGUGAAGAUGACGACAAAUUGUCUUUUGAGAUCAUCCAAGCAUUACCGGACAAGAAAAUUCAUUCAGAAAUAGAAUCCAUUCGAGUUCCAUUUUCUGGUUUCAAGUCAAACACGAAAGAGACGCCAUUGAUUCGUCAGCCUGCGGUUCAGUCUUCUGAUCCAGUAAACGAGGAAAUCAACACGGCCACUGUUAAUGGUGUGGUUAAGGAGAAGAAGAAAACAGAGAAAAAGCGCGGGAAGACUGAGAAAACAAUCAGUCUUGAUGUACUUCAACAGUAUUUCACCGGAAGUCUUAAAGACGCUGCAAAGAGUCUAGGAGUUUGCCCGACGACAAUGAAGCGAAUUUGCAGACAACACGGAAUCUCGCGGUGGCCAUCAAGGAAGAUCAAGAAAGUGAAUCGUUCAAUCACUAAGCUGAAACGGGUCAUCGAAUCUGUUCAAGGCACUGAUGGAGGCCUCGACCUAACUUCCAUGGCCGUUAGUUCCAUCCCUUGGACACACGGUCAAACAGCAGCACAGCCACUAAACUCACCCAACGGUUCCAAACCUCCCGAGCUACCAAACACCAACAAUUCACCUAACCACUGGUCAAGUGAUCGCAGUCCUCAAGAGCCAAAUGGUGAGCCUGAGUUACCAAGCAACGGUCAAAAGCGGUCACGAACGGUGGAUGAGAGCGCUGGGACCCCAACCUCUCACGGCUCAUGUGACGGUAACCAAUUAGAUGAAACGAAAUUCCAGAACCAAGAUCCGCUUUUCACGGUUGGUGGAUCACCACCUGCGCUCCUUUUUCCACCUUAUCCUAGAGAUCAUGAUGUAUCUGCCGCAUCAUUUUCAAUGCCGAACAGGCUUCUUGGUACUAUAGACCAUUUCCGAGGAAUGCCUAUUGAAGACGCAGGAAGUUCAAAAGAUCUGAGAAAUCUCUGCUCCUCUGCAGCAUUCGAGGAUAGGUUUCCGGACUCAAACUGGAUGAACAAUGAUAAUAACAGCAACAACAACAUAUACACUCCUCCAAAGGAAGAAGCCGUUGCAAAUAUAACACGCGAACCAUCAGGCUCAGAAAUUAGAACAGUAACAAUCAAAGCAAGUUACAAAGAAGACAUUAUACGGUUCAGGAUAUCCUCGGGUUCGGGUAUAAUGGAACUGAAAGAUGAAGUGGCGAAAAGGCUGAAAGUUGACGCAAGUACGUUCGAUAUCAAGUAUCUUGACGAUGAUAACGAAUGGGUUUUGAUAGCUUGUGAUGCUGAUCUUCAAGAAUGUCUCGAGAUCCCUAGAUCCUCUCGUACCAAUAUAGUACGGCUUCUGGUUCAUGAUGUAACAACGAACCUCGGGAGCUCCUGUGAGAGCACGGGAGAAUUGUGA